AAAAAGGUGGGGACGAUAGCUAGCCAACCAGCCAGCCGUGGGGUCACCAAAUAUAAUAAUAAUAUAUAUGCAAUAAAUUAUACUUGUACCAAAUUGAACCACAGUCUCGCGCUCUACAGUCGGACGCAAGUGGCAGAAAUUUUUGUGAUGAACCUCCUCAGUCUAGUGGAAAUUUUUAAAUAGUGUGGACUUAUUCGUUAAUAAAAACAGUGGUCCAUUCCUGAUGGAGAUGUUGUGGUCCAAGGCAGGAGUAAAACGUCUGGAUGACUUUUGAUCAUCGUCAUAAUAUAUUAUAGUGUCCUUACGUCCAUGUGUUUUUUUUUAGUCGGAAAACAUCGUGAAGCUUCAGUGAUAUCAAAUGGGAUAAAAAGGCAGUAAACAAUGAAGCGGAAAUGGAAAUCGUCGCAGUGAAAAAACAGUUUCACCAUCAGGUUCAUGGAUUCAAUUGGCAUUUCGGGUAGUGAAGUAGUUGGAUUUUAUGAUUUCUAUUAGUCGCCUAAGAGGUAAAAUACUGGGACAAGCGGGGAGAAUGAUGACUGCUAUGGCAAGAACACCCUGUAAAUCGGCAACCACCCAGCAACAACAGCAACAAACAUUCCGAGAAAAUAAUAAUAGUUACAGUAAUACGAAUCGAAAUUAUUGGGAUAUGCAGAGACAGCCAUCGUUACCAUUGACUUACACCAGGGCUCAACAUCGCCAGACAAUUGAUCACACUGGUAAGAGAAAGAGUGCAGUGGAAUUGUUGCAAGAAUCUAAAGCUUUUUACGUGAAGAGUGAAAUAGUACUGGAUCGGAAGCAAGAGUUGAAGAACAGUGGACAUCUCCAAGUUGCUCCAUCAACAAAUGCUGGUGCACCACCACGAUUACUCCGAAAGUGUACAAAUAUAGUUUCGUGCAGCGUUAAUCUGCAGCAGCAGCAACAACAGCAAUCUUUGUCAAUGAGUUGCAGUUGUGCUGGAGGUUCAGUUGGAUGCAGUCGUUCAAGUAAAAUAAGCGAUGGUAUUUUGAGUCCUCAACGUACACUGCCCCCGGUACUACCCCCAAAGAGUCCACGACUGAUAUCGGUACCGCAGAGACGGGCUAUAUCGGGUCCCCCAAGCACUGCAGGAGGCGAUCAGCUUCAGGCAAAGCUACGAAAAUUAUUGAACACGGAUAGCAAAGAGAACAUUCAUUUUAUUGACUCACCAGGAUCAAUAAAUAAUUACUCUAUUCGUGGUAAUGCCAGUAACGUAACAUCACUACCACCAAAAUCACCAUCUCCAUCACCAUCUCCAUCCGGUCAAUUAUCUCCAGCGGUUAAUUGUCAAUUAUCUCCACGAUCAGGACAGUCUAAUCUGUCAGUUGAAGUACGAUUUAAAUUUGGUAGAAGUCACUCACACUCUCACACAUCAACGAAAAAUCACAAUAAAUCCAAUAGCGGUAUUAGCUCACCACCGGCAAUUUGCCAGACCACAAUUUGCCAUAAAUCGUUACCCGAUUUGCACACCAGUGCACGCCGACGUGCAUCCUUAUCACCUAGAGCCUCUACAAAGUCUUCGAGCAAGCCUAUCAAUGUUAAUGUUAAUUGCCCUGAUUGUGAGACCAGCUCGGAUUAUUCAGAUCAGAGUUUCAAGCGGGACUCGAUUUGUUAUCAGAGUUCAAGACAUAUGAGAAGAUCAGUGGGAUCAGCAGGGGGAAAUGAUGCCAACAGUGUUUUAUCAUCGGGUGGACGUACACAAAAAUCAUCGGGAUCAAGUAAACUCAGUCAUGGAGCAACAGCCAGAGAUUCUGGUGGCUCAUCGGGUCACUGCACUCAUCGCAGUGAACCGCCACCACGAAUUCAAGAGUGUUGGGGCCAUAUACGUCGUGACAGUGGAGCUUCAACUCAACACUCGACCGAUAAAGAUCGAUCCAGAAGAGGCAGCAGUCACGUUAGCGGUGGAACUCCACCUACAAUUUUACGGAACUUGAGCAUCGAUGACUCAGAGAGCAGCAAUAGUCCAACUGAUUAUAGUUCUACUCGCAAUUUAAGAUUCUCGGAUGGAUGGAAAGAAGGACGUGGUCGUCCAAUUCUACGAUCCAAAUCGGACAUCAGUGAUCGCUAUUGGCGACAUGAUAACAGCGGUGCCAAUACCGAGCGCAAGAAAAAACCGAAACAACAACAUGUGCAACAGCAGCAACAACAACCACCGCCACCACCACCACGACCACCAAAAUCCAUCGCCGAGUUGGAGAAUUUUUUCGAUCGUCUUGGACUUGAUUCGGAUAAUUAUGAUCGUAUAAUUGUACCAUUGUCAAAUUCCUCAUCACCCGUAUUCUUCGAUAGUGUUAGUUCAGUUGAUUCAGCCCUGGGAUUGUAUUCGUGGUCUGGUCACAAUCAAUCGAGUAGUAAUAAUGAUGGACAGUGGCAGGGAAACAAUUGUAGCGCAACUAAUGAAGAAACUAGUCAGAGAGUGAGUGAUCCACCGAGCAUUGUCGAGAGAAAUGCUAGAAUAAUAAAAUGGUUGUGUCAAUGCCGAAAAACACAAUUUGGGUACAGUUAAAGAGGAAGGGAGACGAAAAAGUAAAGAAUAAUAAUAAUCUUGGUGCUCAUUUUUAAUUUACAUUUUUCGUUUAUUCCAUGCACGUGCCAUCGCAGCUUGCUAUCAUCAGUCAGCAGUGCUUUUUUCGUAUUCAAUUGAACAUAAAUAUAUUUUCAGAAUUUUUUUUCAAAUUACGGCAAUUCCAAACAAUUUUGUAAUUGUAGUAGCUGAAAAUGACUAUUUAUCAUCCGUUUUAUCUGAUUUUUUUUUCUUCUAUUGUAAAGGAUAUAUUGUUAUUCUGUUGUCAAAUCAUUUUUAAUGUUAACAAAUUCGCUAACUCAUCAUGUGCUAGUUAAUAAAUGAAUGCGCAUAGAGGAUUGUUCGUGGCACAUAAGUGAUAGUAAGAGAUUUCUGAAAUUUUAUUGAAAGGGAUGAUAACUAUUAAUUGAUAAUUAUUUUAAUCCUCGGAUACAUUUUAUUACCGAAUGACAAUUCAGCUACAGUUACAGGGGAGAAAAAAAGCAUGAAAAUCUUGGUGCUCGUUUAUGAUUUAUAUUUUUAUUUUCCAGGAACCAUUGGCCAUAGUAGCUUGCUAGCAUCACUCAUCGAUGUUUUUCCAUUAUUCAUUACACAAUAGAUCGUAUACAUAUAUGCUAUUUCAAUUUUUUUUUCAAGUUGAGGGAAUUCCAAUCAAUUUUUUAACUAUCGCCUCGGAAAAGUGUUAUUUAUCAUCUGUUUUAUCAUUUUUUUUCGUCUAUUGAAAGAUGUAUAUUUAUUCUGUUAUCAAGUUAUCCUUAAUGUCCAAAAAUUUGUAAUUGAUAGAUGAAUGAACAUAGAGAGGUGUCAUUGACACAUAAGUGAUAGUAAGAAAUUUCUGAAAUUUUAUUGAUAUUAAAAAGGAUUAUAAGUAUCAAUUGAUAAUUAUUUUAAUCCUCAAAUGCAUUUUAUUGCCUGUUUGAUUGUUGAAAAAGUGUAUUUUCGUCAGUGUUUUUUUGUCAAAGUAGAAGAUAUUUAAAAACAAAUUAAAAGAAAAAGGAUGCCUUCAAGAAAUGUGUGAAGAUAAGUCUCAAUUAAUUGUUGAUUGUCCAUAGUUUUGAUUAUAGAAUAGAUAAUUAUUUCACGUAGCCUUAAAAAUGGUUAAGAUCAAAAGUUGCGUGAUGACAUUCCGAAACGAGAAAAUUGACAAAUUGUUCUUCGAAGAGAUAUAUUUAACCAUGAUAUACAUUUAAAAAAUAUAUAUAUACAUACUUUUUCAUUUUUUAUUUUUUGUUGGACAAAUUAGUUGUCACGAAGAAUGAACAGAAAACUAAUAAAAAAUUAGUCGCAUUUAUAUAUGAGUGCAUGAAUUACAAUAAAAAAAAUCAAUAAAUGAAUAUACAGCUGAUGAUAUCUGAAAGAAAUCUAAUCAAAUGAGUUUUGUAAAAAUCACCUGAUUUUGUUUUAUCCGAUUGCACAUUACAUUCAAGUCGCAUACUGAACAGACUGACGUGCUAUAUUUUUGCGAUAUAAUGCAUAAUCAGCAAUUUAUUCCCAACCGUAGAAUUUACACAUCAGCAUUUAUUAGGUUCUCUCCAAUUGAUCGACACUAACGCAAUGUACAAAAUGCUUGUGGGUUGAUAAAAAACAAAUUCAGAAGUUUUUCUUCUUUAACAAACGUAAAAACAAAUAGGCACAUUCUUCAUGCUCGCAGACAUGCAAAUUAAAUUCUUGGGAAUAAUACAAAGAUGGGCAAAAUAUAGAAAUGGACAUUUAAGGAAUAGGAAAAUCAACAACGAAUGAUGAUUGCACACUUUUAAUGAUAAUCAGCAAAUAAAAAAGAACUUGCAUGAGUGAAUAAUGUAGAGAGAAAUCAUUUUAAAUACUACUGUAUGGAUUCACUUGACAUGAUUUUAGCAUAGAACUAGCCAAUAUUCAGACCUAUCCAGAAAUAUGACAACGCAUUGAAUCGAUUAUCAAAUGAAUUAUUCCACUUCAAGUGAGUCAAUGGCCGGCCCUCGCCUUCUUCAAAAAUAAUUUUUUCUUAUGCGAUAUUGAGAGCACUUAGGUCUUGAAUACAUAUUAUGUUUGUAGAUCAGAUGAAAAUAAAAAUUUGGAGGUGUCAUAAACAAGAAUUGGGUGACCAUAAAAGGAGUUAAAAAAAUAUUUUGGGACUUUGUUAAUUAGAAUGAAUAAUAAUAGAAUAGAUAAUGGAAAGAAAAAAAAAACUUCAAAACAUAUCGACGGUGAAAUUUCCAAGAAAUUAAGAGAUAGUUUUUCUAACUUGCGAAUCAGAAGAAUCGAAGUAAAUUUUAAAGAGGACGAGGAUCAGCCAUUAACUCAUUUGACAUCGAAUACUUCAAAUAUAUUUAAAUACUCUACAAGAUUUUGUUUGUUAAUUGUUGGUAAUGCGCAGAAUAGGCAUUCACAUUGAUGAGUCGAUUAUCAUUACAGCCAAUAGCAAAUAGCUUGUGCAAAUACACACAAUUGCCAGCAAACAAGAGAAUCAAGUUGUAAACAAUAAUAAAGCAACAAUUCCGUGAAGGAGAAAAUACAUUGUGUCUACCAAAUGAACUAUUUUAAUAAAAAUAAACGAUCGAAAUUUAGAAACAACGAAAUUAUAAAAAUACUCGGAAUUAUUCUACCAAAUAUCGCAGUGAGUUUAAUACACAAUUCGAUAACUAAAUUCUGUCGAUAAAUUUUCUAUUUUGUGAUGAUUUAUGAAAUAGCACCAUAAUAUCGCGAUAAUCGUUAUACACACGCAUUAACGAAGGGUAAAAUAUCAAAUAUCUUCUUUACAUUAUUUUUCUUGUUGUUUAUAAAUAUUGAUCUAGUCACGUGGAUAACAUAAUUGUUAGAAUGAUUUGCAAAUAGAAAAUAAAGAACAAAAUGUCUCAUUUAAUCCUCAAAAAUUUGCGAUAAUACAGUAAUAAAUUUAAUGUAGAAUUAAUUUUUUUGGGUAAUCAGACCCGAUUAAAACCAAAAACACAAAAAAUUUUCAUGUUAUUGAUAGUCGUACCUCUGUAUUUCGAUUUAUCUAGAAUACAAUUUCGAAAUUACCAAUU